AAAAAGGAUAUAAUAGCUAUUCAGAAAAAACUUGGUAUUAAUAGUAAUACAUUAAAGCAAAUAGAACAUGAGCCCGAUGGAAAAACACUCACUAAUUCAUAUAAGUUGCUAUUAUAUUUGGUGGAAGAUUUAAUACUAAUACAAAAAAAUCUUGACAUUGAUGGCAACCUCAUUCUGGCAGUGGAAUAUAAUAAUAAAGAACUUGAUAUUGUUGGUUAUACUAAUGGAGAAAUAGCAGAAGAAGCCAAUAAAAAUGCAAGUGUGUACCUUCAAAAAUUUGAGAAAUUUUAUGGCCCCUUAGAAGAUGAUCUAGGUGUGUUAAUAAAGAAAUUUGCUGAUAUUGGGGUAAAAAAAAUUUGGUUUACUGGUGAGGGAUUACCAUUAUUUCUAAAUGUCUCUCCUCAACAAUUGCAUAAAAUUUUCGUCAAAAAAUCGGCUAGUGCCAAUCAGUGCCCAUGUCUAGAAACAAAA